AUGGCUCUUGAAAAUGAGCGUAAUAAAAACGAAUUAUCCUCUGAUGAAGUUGAAAUAAAAUUUGUUCCUGUAAGAGAUUCACCAGAUAAUAUAAAAUUGGUUGAAAAAGAUGAUACUAAACGUGGACAAUGGUCUGGACCAUUUGAUUUUUUAAUGAGUAUGAUAGCAUAUGCUGUUGGUUUAGGUAAUGUUUGGCGUUUUCCAUAUUUAUGUUUUAAAAAUGGUGGUGGAUCAUUUCUUGUUGCAUAUGGAAUAUUUUUUGUUCUUGGUGCUGUACCAAUUUUUAUUAUGGAAGUUACCGUUGGACAGUAUCUUCAAAGAGGAGCUAUGGAAAUGUGGAAUAUGUGUCCAAUAUUUAAAGGUGUUGGUAUUGGAAAUGUUGUAAUAGCUUUUAUGUGUAUAGCAUAUUUUUGUGUCAUUGUUGCAUGGGCAAUGUUUUACAUGAUAAGUUCAUUUAAUUCAACUUUUCCAUGGGAAACAUGUAAUAAUUGGUGGAAUAAUGGACAAUGUAUUACAGGAAAUGAAAAUAGUACAACACUUCAAACACUUAUUUCAAAUUUAACAAAUUAUAGUUUAAAAACAGAGACAUCUGUUGAACAAUUUUGGGAAAGAAGAGUUCUUCAACAAACUGAUUCAAUAUCUGAAUUUGGUGGUAUCCAAUGGGAAUUAUUUGGUCUUAUGUUAUUGGCAUGGAUUAUUGUUUAUUUUGCUUUAUGGAAAGGAAUAACACAAGCACGUAAAUUUGUCUACUUCUGUGCACUAUUUCCAUACUUUUUAUUAUUUGUACUACUUAUUCGUGGUUUAACAUUACCUGGAGCAAUGACUGGUAUCUCAUUUUACUUAACACCUAAUAUGACAAAACUUCUUGAUACAACAGUUUGGAAAGAUGCUGGAACUCAAGUAUUUUAUUCAUAUGGUGUUGGUUUUGGUGCUUUAAUAGCUUUAGGAUCUCAUAAUAAAUUUAAUCAUAAUUGUUUCCGUGAUGCUUUUGUAAUGUGUUUUAUUAAUGGUUCAACAAGUAUUUUAGCUGGAUUUGUAGUAUUUUCUAUUCUUGGAUAUAUGUCAGUAAUUGCAAAUAAAGAUAUUGCUGAAAUUGUUAAACCUGGUGUUGGUUUAGCAUUUCAAGCAUAUCCAGAAGUUGCCUCAAAUUUACCUAUGAAACAAGUAUGGGCUGUUUUAUUUUUUUUGAUGAUAGUUAUACUAGGUUUAGAUAGUCAAGUUUGUAUGAUGGAAGGAUUAUUUACUGCUCUAGAAGAUGCAUUUCCAACUGUUUUAAGAAAACAUAAAAAAAUAUCAUUAGGUAUUACAUGUCUAGGAUUUUUUAUACUUGGAAUUCCAAUGGUUUCAUUUGGUGGAGCAUAUUGGUUAACAUUAGUUGAUGGAUAUGGUGCAUCAGGAAUAGCUUUAUUAUUUGUUGUAUUCUUUGAAGUUGUUGGUUUAUCAUGGGGUUUUGGUGCUGACAAAAUUCGCCAUGCAUUACAUGAAAUGAUUGGAAUUAAAACAGGUAUUAUUUGGAAUAUAAUUUGGAAAUUUUGUUCACCUCUCGUUACAUUAUUACUUUUUAUAUUUUGCCUUGUUAUGUAUCAUCCAUUAAAAUAUCCUACUGGUGAAAAUUUUCCUGUUUGGGCAGAAGUUUUUGGUUUUAUAUUAUCAUCAUGCUCAAUGCUUGUCAUCCCUGGAUACGCAAUUUAUUACUUAUUCUUUAAAAAGUCUGGAUUGACAUUUAAAGAAAAAAUACACUGUGGUUUUCAUCCACCAGCAAAUGCUUUUGAUCAUAUACAAAAACACUAUCAACCAGGAGAAGAAAUGGAUUACAUUGAUUCGGAACAACGUAAGAGAAUUGCCCUUUAA